AUGAGAGAGUCAGAGGAGAGUGAAAGCAAUGCAGAUUAACUACGAAAUGAAGGCCAGACUUGUUUUUCUCGUUCCUGCAUAUCUCCAGAAGGUGGGACGUGCUCAUGUAAACAGCUAAGCUCAGUGCACGUACGAGUCAGCACGAGGACUGGUUUCUUUGCCCUGGAUUUAAACACUAAGACUGCACUAAAAGAUGUCUGGACCAGCUCCUCCAGUGGUCCCUAGAAAGCCUUCAGGUAUUCGAGUCAUGAUACCUCCAGGACAGCAGCAGCUUCCUGGUGGCAUGCUCACCUACAGAGAUUCUCUCAAAGAGAAUGGUGCACACAGAGACUCAAAUCAUACACCUCAGUUUAAUGCAGCAAGAGAAGUGGAGAUUCUGAACCACUGUUUUGAUGACGUGGAGCGAUUCAUGGGACGGCUGCAGCAGACGGCCGAGGCCCAGACUGUUCUCAACCAGAGGAGGAAGACGAGAAGCAGGAAAAGCAAAAAGAAGGGGAACCAAGAUGAUGAUUUGUUGACCAUGAAAGCUUCCCCUCCGCCAGAGGAAGACUUUGUGGACAUCUUUCAGAAAAUCAAGUACUCCCUCAGUCUGCUGGACCGUCUCAAGUCAUCCAUUUCACAGCCUGACGCACCACAACUGCUGCAUCACGUCUUCGUGCCUCUCAGACUAAUGGUGAACACCACUGGAGGGCCAGACUUAGGAGCAUCAGUGGUUAGUCCUGCUAUGACCAGUGGUGCUGUUUCACUGCUCAAGGAGCAUCUGACUGAAGAGGAAAAGCAACUCUGGACUUCAUUGGGGCCCAACUGGUCUUCACCCUGUUCGGACCUGAAUGUGUCUGUCCCUCCAUAUUCACCUGUCUUCCUGGAUGGAUGGCAGCCUCAGGCCUAUGACUCAGCUGGCCAGCCUUUUGAAGAUCCCAUCGAGUUGCAGCACAAGCAGGAUGCUCUCAGGGAAAGCAGGGCGGCACAAACUCUACAGGACCAAUCUCGACAAACGGCAGAGGGCCCUGGUGAAGGCGAUGACGGAGUAGAAGGAAACAGCCUCCCACCAGAAGGUGAGAGACUUUAUUGCUGCAGUUAUGACUUUGUGGCCAGAAACAGCAGUGAACUCUCUGUGCUACAAGGAGAAACACUGGAGGUCAUUGAGUCAUCGAAGCGGUGGUGGAAGUGUCAGAAUCGCUUUGAUCAGAUAGGAUUUGUUCCCUUUAACAUCCUGGAGCCUCUGUCUGCUCUGAAUAACACAGGGAGGAGCAGCCCAGUGGUGCGCAGAGAGUCAAGGAAGACCCCCUUAGCCCCUCCGACGAAAUACUUCUCAUAUGCUCCAUCAAGCCCGGUUGCGACCAGUCCCACUGCUUCAAGUCCAACAGUGCGACCUCAGAGCAUGGUUUUACCUUCAACAACGAUGGGAGAAGACAACGACCGAGUCCUUAUAAUGAACGAUGAGCUUCUCCAGCGGCUAGCUGGGAAAAGAGACUCGGUCCGUCCGCUGGUGGUCCCCCGCGCAGCUGACACUUCUGCUCCCCUGAACUACCACUCGCCACCUGCUGAGGUGGAGGCCUGGCUCACCGCUAAAGGCUUCAAUCAGCAGACAAUUCAGAGUCUGGGCAUUUUAACUGGAGCGCAGCUAUUUUCCCUGAAUAAGGAGGAGCUCCGAGCGGUGUCACCAGAGGAAGGCACAAGAGUUUACAGCCAGAUCAUGGUGCAGAAGUCCCUGCUCGAGGAUGUGCGUAAAGCCACAGAAUUAGAGAAGGCGAUGGAGAAGCAAAAACUGAAGAUGAAUGAGUGACGUGUUUUGACUGAGCUUUCCACAUCCACUGAUACAGAAGAGGCAUCAAAGAUCAACAGACACAAAUGUGUUGCUUCUACAGCUGGGUGCACAGAGUGCUGGUGCAGAUGGAGUUUAAUUUUUUAAUCAUAUGUGUUGCAUCUCUUCUGUGCUACAGAUUCAUCAACAAAAACGAGCUGUGUUAAAAGGAAGACCCCCUUACUAAUACUCUUAAAUUGGAACAACUUUUAAUUUCUACGUUUUUAAACCUGCAGUGCAGAAUGUUUGUCUCCCCCCUCUGGCAGAGAGAGUAAUUACAUAAACAUUGUCGAUGGGUGUUUAUAAUGUAUGCGUCUGUGUUUGUCCUCGCUGGCGACCACAUUCCCUGUAUUUUAUAUCUGGAGCAUCAGAGAGCCCAUAGCCUACUCUGUUCACCUCUUCAGCUCAGCCCAGGGCUGUCGUCACAGACAGUCCUGGGCAUACAGAGAGAUGAUAGGAUAGUUUUUCUUUGUUAUUCUGAAGUUUAUUUUCAAUCAUAUUUUUUACAAUUUAAAUAUGUCUAUUAUACUUUGUUUAGACAAUGUUUGAAAUGUCACAUUAAAAAUAAAUGCCAUACAUUAAACAUAAUCAUAUAAUGAUGAUUGGACUAAUGUGUUACUAUUGUAGAGCAGGUUCAGAGACAACGGAUGGAAACAACUUUUCAGAGCUAUAAAACCAUGAACUGUGCAUCUCCACAGAAGAGUCAGUUAAUUGAUUCAGUUUUUAUUGCUUGCACAUCAAACUGUAUUAAGACAAUGUUGCUUGUUGCAGCCAGAUCAAAUUCACAUUAAACUGUUAAAUAUACAGUUUCAGUCUUCACUCCUUUGAGAUUAAAAUGUUGCAUUUUUCAUUGUGAUUUCAGCUGUGCCGCACAUCAUUAUAUAAUGUAUAACAUGAAAACAUAAGGGAUUCAUUGCUGUUGAUGAAUCAACGUGAAUAAAAAAUUAUAUGUAUUUUUGUGUAAGAACUAUGAGUUUGCUGCAAUCCUUCUUUCCAUAAUCUGACACAGACAAAUUAAAACACACAAUUAAAAGAUGUGUGAAGAAUUGCAGAUUAGUAAUUUCAGAACUGAUAUUAAGUGCAAAAUAGUCAAGUCAUUUUUCAGCUGUAUAUGGAA